AGGCUUUCUUAUCAUCAGCAUUUAUUGGUCUCGGAGUGCUUUGUCUCAGCAAAUGGCCUUAAUCAAGUUUUGUUUGUGACAAUUACUUAGUGCUUACCAGUAUGUCUCAUGCAAAUGGUAGCUCUUAAUAAUAUAAUGUGUGCAACGGUAGGAGGAAGCCUAGGGCUCCUGCAAGGCGUGUUGUAAUUAUGGGGUGUAGCAUUUAGGACUCGUUUAUCUAGUCAGCAUCCCUUUGGCCCCAGAGGCAGCUGGGGGUCUGAGAAUACUUUAAGAGACAGGUUUAAAGCGAGCCAGAGUGUCAGGAAAACAAGAAAACCAGGAAUCACCAAUCUGCCGUGUCUGCUUUCAGUAUUCUGCAAAAAUAUUUCCUCAAAAAAACAACUUUAGCAUGAUGUCUUAUCUCAAGCAACCACCUUAUGCGGUCAAUGGAUUGAGUCUCACAACCUCAGGGAUGGACUUACUUCAUCCGUCUGUAGGCUACCCUGCCACUCCCCGGAAACAAAGACGGGAAAGGACUACGUUCACUCGAGCUCAACUCGAUGUUCUGGAAGCUUUAUUCGCAAAGACCCGCUAUCCUGACAUAUUCAUGAGAGAAGAGGUGGCCCUUAAAAUUAACCUGCCAGAAUCCCGUGUUCAGGUAUGGUUCAAAAAUCGUCGCGCUAAGUGUCGCCAGCAACAACAACAGCAGCAGAACGGGGGCCAAAACAAAGUGAGGCCAACUAAAAAGAAAAGUUCCCCUGUACGAGAGGCUAGCUCAGAAAGUGGUGCAAGUGGACAGUUUACUCCACCAUCCAGCACUUCAGUUCCAUCUAUCUCAAGCAACAGCGCCCCGGUGUCCAUCUGGAGCCCAGCUUCCAUCUCUCCUUUGUCCGAUCCACUAUCCACAUCUUCUUCUUGUAUGCAGAGGUCCUACCCUAUGACCUACACUCAGGCUUCUGGGUAUAGUCAAGGAUAUGCUGGGUCUACGUCCUACUUUGGAGGAAUGGACUGUGGAUCAUACUUGGCACCAAUGCAUCACCAGCUUCCAGGACCAGGGGCUGCCCUUAGCCCCAUGGGCACCAAUGCAGUAACCAGCCAUCUCAAUCAAUCUUCUGCCUCUAUUGCGACCCAGGGGUACGGUGCUUCUAGCUUGGGUUUUAAUUCUCCUGAUUGCUUGGAUUAUAAAGAACAGGCUGCCUCAUGGAAGCUUAACUUCAACGCUGACUGUUUGGAUUACAAAGACCAAACAUCCUCAUGGAAAUUCCAAGUUUUGUGAAGACGACUGCCAACAUGUACAUAGCUACUUAAAAUGGACUGCACUUUAUAGUGCUAGCCAGGACGUGGUUACACAAACUGAAUACAGAAAUUAUUAGUCCCAACCCCAAACUCUUGCCAGUUUUGGAUUGCUCAAAAGAACAGUUUUAGAUAAACGGACCAGCCAUGGACAUGCUUCACUUCAUUUCUGGUUACGUGCUAGUAAGAAGAAAAAUAAGAAGACUGGCCAAUUUUUUUAUUUCAAAUUAUUUAUACGUUUGGCAAAAGGUACCCCAGCUGUGGAGAUUUUCAGAUUUAGUUACUCAUUCGCGUUGCCCAUAAGUUUGGAAGGGACAGUACAUUUUCAAUUCAUUUAUGCUUCCUGACCGUCUUUUUUUUCUUUCUUUCUUUAUUUGCUGGCACUGAGAAACGUUUCAGGACUGACUUGACUUGUGCGAUUGGUUGUCCUAGAUGCACUACUUUAUUUAAAAUGUUUAUAAAGGUCAUGUAGUUUUUAAGAGACAAUCAAUGUUUGUCAUAUCAAUGGUACAUUUGUGUUUUUAUGUGCUAGACUUCAAAACUGUGAUAUCCUGUAUUGUAUGCAACUGUGAACUCUGCAGCAGGGGUCUUUGGUGAUUAAAUAGGUCAUAAUGAUUCAGAUUCAGUGCCUAUUGCCAUCCAAGAGGCUUUGAAGCGGCACCGAAACUUCUUACAAAAAUAGUAACACUAGCAAAGACACAGAUACUUUUGCACCCACACAAAAUUACAAGAUCACUAAAACGUUGUAACUGUGCUCUCCUGGUAGAGUCAGCUGUGAAAAACUAUAAUGGUCACUUGAUCUGACCCUGAAGAAUUACAUUUCAGUUUAUUUGUUUCAGCUAUGGAGAUAUCAGCCCUCUGGGAUAAAGAAAUACAUAUAUCAUGGUUAAAUAUGGAUAUUCAUGGAUUUGACAUAUAUGUAAAUUGCAUUAAAAGUGAUUCUAGCACAA